GCAUGAGCAGUAACUUCGGAUCAGAGAAUUGGGAACAUCUGUUUCGUAUGUUCAGAACGAUUAAAAAACGUUCGUUUUGUCAAAGGUAUAUCUUUACUUUUGUGGAAUUUUGGUCAUGCUUUUCACUCUUUUAUUUCGUGAAGUGAGAAAGUGUAAAUGAAACACGAAAAAUAAAACAGCCGUAAAAAUGUCGCGACAUCGGGACGUUCGUUCUAUGAAUUAUUCCGAUGAGUACGAAGGUUACGAUGACGUUUAUGGGCAUUCUGUGGAAGAUGAAUUCUGCGUUUCUCCUGGUGCCGAACAAUUCAUGUUCGAUAGAAAUAAACAGGCCGACAUUUCCUCCUUUCUGACCGACUCGAAGAUCGCGGAAGGCAACGAAGAAGAACUCGACGAGCAGUCUGCAAGUUUGAAAAGUCCGGCCCUCUCAGAAUUGGAAUCUGCCAAAUUAAUGUCGUGCAUCGAAACGAUCAGAAAUGUUGUGGGUGAGACAGUUCCCGAAUCGGUUCUCAAAAGAAAAAUAAUUGAGCUGAACUACAACGCAGAAGCUGUCCUGGACAAUAUUUUAAGUAAUGCCUCGGCAAAUAAAUCGAAAGAACAGCUGACUAAAACUCCUUUGGACUUCCCAUUAGGUAAUAAGCCGACACCGAAAUCAACUUUACAAACAGCGAAGCCAACUAUCAAAGUAGUUCCGGCCGCUGCGCACUCGGUUAUUAAGGGUUUUGAUUUGACUGGAACAGAAAAUAGCGAACUGGUUAAUUCACGAAUCGAAAGUCCUCGAUCACAGACUCCUAAUUCGGAGCGAAAUUCGCCUAAUGUCAGGCGGAGAGCUGAUUCGAGCUAUAAGGAAAAAAAAUCCGGAAUUUCAAAAUCCAAUACACCCAGGUGUCAGUCACCAACAUCGGGCACGACAUCGCCCGAACCAGAAUCGAGAACUAAGACUUUGGAGGAGAACGUGGACGCUUUUGCAAUUUACAAAAACAAACGAGGCGAUUCGAAAGAACAGUUGCAUCUGGUUGUCGUGGGCCAUGUGGAUGCUGGAAAAAGUACAUUGCUGGGGAGACUCCUCUGUGAUUUAGGCCAAGUUUCUUCAAAAUUGAUUCACAAAUAUCAGCAGGAGAGCAAAAAAAUUGGCAAACAGUCCUUUGCUUAUGCUUGGGUCUUGGAUGAAACUGGAGAAGAAAGAGAAAGAGGAAUUACAAUGGACGUGGGCCAUUCGAAAUUUGAAACGGGUACAAAAUCCAUAACUUUGCUGGAUGCUCCGGGCCAUAAGGAUUUUAUACCCAAUAUGAUAACAGGUGCUACUCAAGCUGACGUUGCUCUUUUGGUUGUGGAUGCAACCAGAGGUGAAUUUGAAACUGGAUUCGACAGUGGCGGGCAAACUCGAGAACACGCUAUACUUCUUCGAUCUCUAGAAAAUUAG